AUUUAUGAGGGAUUUGUCAAGUCACUCAAAUAACUGAGAAAUCACAGCAAAAAAAGCAGAAACUGAGACAUUUAAACAGGACAAAUCAUUGCAGCAUAGACAUUGAAAAAGGACAAAUCAUCUAUCUUGCAAAUCAAAAUCAUAGCAAACAAACCUUGUAGGCAUCAAAGCAAGUCAAAUCAUAAGAGUGACAUGGCAAACACGUCAUCAGAUCUUCAUCCCCAACUACUUGGGUCCAUCAAAAUACCUAACCACCUUUUGAAGAAUUCAUCUGGUCUUUCAUGUGAUAUUGGGGGGACUCUGGCCAAAUUUGCAUACUAUGCAAAAAAGAGUGAAUCUAAAGAUGAAACCACAACGUUAAACCUGGUAGCCUUCACAAGAGAAAAUAUUGACGAGGGCCUACAGUAUAUCAAGAACAACUUUCUGUCUGUUGCCGAUGACAACUGGAAGAAGGUCAAGGUCACCACUACUGGAAUAGGCAGCUUCCAAUACAAAGAGAAACUCAUCAAAGUCCUGGAUAUUGAACCCAAGGUGUUGGAAAAUUUAUUGGAGAGUGACUGUUUUGUGAAAUCACUAGAAGUACUCGGCAAGCACUUAAAGCCAGGAGAGUUAUUGGAGAAGAUGAGGAAAAGUGAUAGAAUAGAACUUUAUAAAUGGCAGCAACUAAUGGUAAAGAUGUUGGAUGCUGCCAAGGCAAGUGGUAGCUUGAAGACUAAUAUGGAGAUUCAAAUACCAACAGAUAUGACAAACCCUGAAGAGGAAAAAGAGGACAAUGAAACCAUUCAGUUCCCAUGUGUAGUCAUGAUGUUAGGAUCUGGUGGAGCAUUGUUUCAGGUGGGAGAGGAUGGCAAGUAUACUUUCAUGAAUGUCCUCAACCAAGCUGGUAGGAUGUUCACUGGACUUGGCAGAUUGUUGACAGGAGCAAAGACAUUUGAUGACUUAAUGAGUUUAGCUGAGAGAGGAAAUUCAGAUAAUGUGGAUACAAUGACCCAUGACCUGGGUGCAGUUAAGGAAACUUCAACUCCAGAAACUGAUGAUUCCGAUCCAAAAUCUGCUAAGCAAGCCAUUGAAAAGUCAGAAGCGACAAAGAAAGAUUCCAAUGAGAAUACUGAAACAUUUGAUUUUUAUGAAUCAAUGGUAGAUGAACAACCUAACCAACUAGUCUAUUCAUUUGGCAAGUGUGUCAGCAAAGAUAAAGAUGAUUUUAAAACAGAAGACAUUGCACGGACAUUACUAUCAAACAUGUGUCUAAGCCUAGUACAAAUGAGCGUUGUAUCUGCACAAGCAAGUGGGCUACACAACUUGUACAUCUGUGGCAAUUUCAUCUCACACCCACUUAUAAGACAGGAGAUAUCAAAAGCAAGCACAGCUGCUUUAAAAAUGAAUUCUGCAAAGAAUGGUCCCAUGAAUUUAUCAUUUGUGAACCAUGGAGGAUAUUUAGGAGCUAUAGGAGCUCUACUCUUUGCUCAAGAGUAACCAUGGAGGAUAUUUGGGAGCUAUAGGAGCCUUACUCUU